AAUAGAGAGACAGAGUGAGAGAGAACGAGAGAGAGAAAAAGAGAGGCAGAAAAGGUGAGAGAGAGACAGAGAUACAAAGAGAAAGAGACAGAGAGAGAGGAAAAAUUAGAGAGAGGUGCACAUAAAGUGUCUGAGUAGAUAAAGAAAGAGAUAGUGUGGUUGAGAGAGAAGGGGAGAACGUUUAGAUCUGGGCUAUGUGUAUAGCAGUAGAUAGUUAGCUUAACAUAUACAUAGCCUACAUAAUCUGUGAGACAGAGGUUGUCUAAAGAGCAGUUGGAUCAAUCUCUAACUGAGUCCUAAAGUUUGAGCCAUAAACAUCCAUGGAGUUUACCAGACGUUACCUGCCCAUGGAAUGGGAGGAACGGUGGAGGAAAGAGAAGGAAAGGAGGAGAAGGGUGAUUGAGGAAGGAGGAGAAGAGGUAGAAGCGGACGAUCGAAAGCUGAGGUGGAUUGUGGCCUACAACAACAACCGGAUGGGCGUGACAAGGAGAAAGGAGAAAGAGGGAGCAAGGGUCAAGAAGAGGAACGACAGCACGGCAAGCCAGGGAGAAGAGGAAGAAGAAGAGGAAGUGUCAGAGGAGAGGAGGGAGGGACUGGGAGAUGAAGAGAAGGUUCAUACAUUCUACAGACAUACCUAUCCUAAAGAGGUGUUCCAGGGUCUGGAGCAGCUCAGGGACUCCUCUCUCCUCACUGACCUGACUCUGAGCACUGAGGAUGGGCAGCAUCUUUAUGCACACUCCCCUGUCCUGGCUGCUGUGAGCACCCUUGUCCACCAGAGACUGCAAGAGAGGGAUGAAGAGAUGGAGAAGAGGAGGGGGAGGAGUGAUGUUGACAUGGACAUAAAGACAGAGAUAUUCAUCAGUCUGGGUCCUGAAGUGGGGCUUGUGGGGCUGGCAGGGGUAGUGGAGUUUGCCUACACUGGGGGCUUAGCAGCUCUGAACAGACACACACUGGCCCAGAUACAGACUGCAGCUACAACACUAGGGGCCCCCAGAGUACUAGAACUCUGCAGUGAAGAGGAGGAGAAAAUGAAGAAGGGAGUAGAGAAGAGGGCAGAAGAGAAGAAUAUCUCUACUGAAGAACAGAUGAAGGUCAGUCUUCAGUCCAUCAGAGAGCUGUGGGCAGAGAGAGUGGGCUGUGAUGUGGAGCUGCAGGUUGGAGGAACAUCAUUCCAUGUCCACAGAGUGCUCCUGGCUGCCAGUAGUGACUACUUCAGGGGAAUGUUUACCAGCGGGAUGAGGGAAUCACAGCAGCCCUGUGUGGCUCUUCCCUUCCUGGAGGCAUCCGAGCUUGAAGCUCUGAUUGGCUGUUCCUACAGCGGGUCCCUCUCCCUCAGCUGGGGGUGUGUCUUUGAGAUCACCUGCACCGCCCUGCAGCUCCAGUUCCAGCCCACCCUCUUGCUGUGCCUUGAUUUCCUGGAACGGGAAAUGGAUGCCCACUCAUGUCUGGAUGUGGCCUCCUUUGCCCUGGCUUAUGAGAUGCCGGGACUCCUCGAGGAGGCAGAGGACUUUGUUCUGAGGAACUUCCAAGAAGUGUCUACCAGCCUGAAAUUCCUGGACCUUCCGGGUGAUAAACUGCUGGAUUUUCUCCACUCUGACGGCCUCUGUGCGCCCUCAGAGCUGGCCGUGUUCAGGGCUGUGGUGGUCUGGGUAGAGGCCAACCCGGCAGAGAGGCUAGCCCAGGCCCAGGAGCUGAUGACAGGAGUCCGCUUCCAGCUCAUGACCUUUAAGGAGUUCAGAGAGGUCAGGGCAAUCAACCUGCGCAUGGAAUGCAGCAGCGACACAGAGGUGGAUCUGUACGGCUCAGCCCUCAAAGAGUUUGGCUUUAGUCUUCCCGAGACCCUGGACCAGUGCCGGAUCCGACGGCCCAAAGACGCCCUGGUUCUGGUCGGAGGCGACCAGCUGGAUCCUGACUUGGGUAAACGGCUUCCCAGCAGGCAGCUGUGGUUCGCUAACUCCCUCCGCACCGGAACAGGCCUGGUGAAGGUCAUGGACUGGAGGAUUCUGGGAGAGAUACCAGAGAAGCCCAGGUUUAGACACGGGGUGGGGGUGAUGGAGGGGCGGCUGUACGUUAUCGGAGGGUGUGAGUUCUACACAAAGACUGAUACGCUGAAAUCAGUAUACAGGUAUGACCCCAUGCAGGACAGCUGGCAGAAGUUGGCUGACAUGCAGGAGUACAGGAGUAACUUCUCGGUGGUGGUGUGGGGUGAUCGUCUCUACGCCAUCGGAGGAGACAUGGACAUGAAUACCAACCUGGACAGUGUGGAGGACUACAGCCCCGUAUCUGACACCUGGAGCUUUGCCAAGCCUCUGGACCAGGCCCUGAGUGGCCACGCUGCCACAUUGUUGGAUGGAGAGAUCUUCAUCUCAGGGGGGUUCGACUGCAAGUACCAGUGUCUGACGUCCAUGUUCCUGUACCACCCUGAGAGAGGAACUACCUACCUGGCAGAGAUGAGCCAGGAUCGGGCCCAGCACUGUAUGGAGGUCCUGCAUCAUGGUGGUGGUGGUCUCUGCGUGGUUGGAGGGGUGUGUAACCUACGUACGUUCUACACCGACCAGCUGGCCUGUGAGGUCUACGACCCUGUUAGUGACUCCUGGAGCGCCCUCACGCCCCUGACCAUCCCCCAUGUUGGAGCAGCCUCUGUGGUUCUGGAGGGGAAGAUCUAUGUGCUGGGAGGAUACUGCCAAGAGGACUACAGGGAGACCAGACUGGUUCACCGAUAUGAACCCAUUACCCAACGUUGGGAGAAUAUAGGCAAGAUACCCGGACCUAACACUGACAUAAGAGCCUGUUUGCUCCACCUGCCCAAACACUUGAGACAAUGAGAGAGGGAACUUUCGAGGUUGAUAAAGUUCCACAUUACAUUGAAGUUGUUUUUUUAUGAACUGAAAAACACUUAGAAAGAGGCAGGACUACUUUAAUGCUCCACCUGCUUGCCCACUAGAGGAAAUAACACAAUGAGAGAGGGAAGGUCACAUGGUGAGAAAGAGGGCUGGGUUUGCCAUAUAUAAAAUAAAAUAAAUCUGACUAAAACACAGAGAAAGAGCUAUGCUGGCAUUUGUGAAUCUACAGGUGCGAAAAAAAAAACAUCUCCACGGUUCUGUCUGUUGGGAUAUGUCAAUAUUUGGGAUUCAUCUCAGAGAAAGCUUUGUUGUCAAGGUCUGCAUAGCCAUCAAUUGAAAAGCCUCAUAUUCACCAUUAAUAGCAAACUGGAGGACUGAACUAUCUAGCUACAUACUGUACCAUUGGAUUUGAUAUAUUAUUCAAUUAUAUUUAAAAACGGAAGUGUUUGACGAAAUUUGGUAACCAUAUGUUGAUCACUUUGGGGAUGUGUUGG